GACAAUGGCACUCUCACAUGUCGAGAUUACAACAUGGACACUGCAUUCCAGAUGCUCGAUGAUAUCCCACAACCUGAUUCAUUAGAGGCACAGUCAGGCAUGUUUUGCUCGACAUUCAACAUGACGGGAUCUGCUCUCAUUUUGGACAGAGUGGACAAGGUCAUCAAAUGA